GAGAAGCCUGGCCACUGGGAACUGUGUUUGUUUUGGUUUUUUUCCCUUUCGUGGUUUACCAGAACCAAUCUGACUUGGAAAAUGCUAUUUGCUUUAAAGAAAUUAGUUACUCUUGUGCAACAUUAAAUUGUGUCAGUCAAGCAAAUAAAGCCCUAUUUAUAAAAUCGCUUGUUUCUGGUUUCACUUUAUUGCAUCGUGGGCUCCGAGAGGGAGAAAAAUGAAGUUUUUGCUGCUUAGCACAUUUAUGUUUUUGUAUAGUUCCUUAGCCUGGGCAAGAGAUAAGCAUUAUUUCAUCGGAAUUACUGAAGCAGUUUGGGACUAUGCUUCUGGCAUUGAAGAAAAUAAGCUUAUUUCAGUUGACACGGAACAGUCCAAUUUCUAUCUUCAAAAUGGUCCAGAUCGUAUUGGAAGAAAAUAUAAGAAGGCACUUUAUUUUGAGUACACAGAUGGCACCUUUACUAAGACUAUAGACAAACCAGCCUGGCUAGGGUUUUUAGGCCCUGUCAUCAAAGCUGAAGUUGGAGAUAAAGUUUAUGUUCACUUAAAGAACUUUGCCUCUAGGAUCUACACUUUUCAUGCACAUGGGCUUACUUACUCCAAGGAGUAUGAGGGAGCUGUGUACCCUGACAACACCACUGAUUUUCAAAGGGCUGAUGACAAAGUGUUUCCCGGACAACAGUAUCUGUAUGUGCUGCAUGCAAAUGAACCAAGUCCUGGAGAGGGAGACAGCAAUUGUGUGACCAGGAUUUACCACUCCCAUGUUGAUGCUCCAAAAGAUAUUGCAUCAGGACUCAUAGGACCUUUAAUACUCUGUAAAAAAGGUUCUCUAUAUAAGGAAAAAGAGAGAAAUAUUGACCAAGAAUUUGCAGUGAUGUUCUCUGUGGUGGAUGAAAACCUCAGCUGGUAUCUAGAAGAUAACAUCAAAACCUUCUGCUCUGACCCAGAGAAAGUUGAUAAAGACAAUGAAGACUUCCAGGAAAGCAACAGGAUGUACUCUAUAAAUGGAUAUACAUUUGGAAGCCUCCCAGGGCUCUCGAUGUGUGCAGAGGACAGAGUGAAGUGGUACCUUUUUGGUAUGGGUAAUGAAAUUGACGUGCAUUCAGCUUUCUUUCAUGGUCAAGCCCUGACCAGCAAGAACUAUCAAACUGAUAUUAUCAACCUGUUCCCUGCCACCCUAAUUGAUGCUUAUAUGGUGGCCCAGAAUCCUGGAGUCUGGAUGCUCAGUUGCCAGAACCUAAACCAUCUGAAAGCUGGGCUGCAGGCCUUUUUCCAGGUUCGUGACUGUAACAAGCCCUCGCCAGAGGAUGAUAUCCAAGAUAGGCAUGUGAGACACUAUUACAUUGCGGCUGAGGAGGUCAUCUGGAACUAUGCUCCUGCUGGGAUGGACACCUUCACUGGAGAGAACUUAACAGCCCUGGAAAGUGAUUCAAGGGUAUUUUUUGAGCAAGGUGCCACAAGAAUUGGUGGCUCUUAUAAAAAAACGGUGUAUCGUGAGUACACAGAUGGUUCCUUCACAAGCCGAAAACAAAGAGGCCCUGAUGAGGAACAUCUUGGAAUCCUGGGUCCUCUCAUUUGGGCAGAAGUAGGAGACAUCAUUAAAGUCACCUUUCAUAACAAAGGACAACAUCCUCUCAGCAUUCAGCCAAUGGGAGUAAGUUUCACUGCAGAAAAUGAGGGAACAUACUAUGGCCCACCAGGCCACUCCUCACGGCAAGCUUCCCAUGUGGCUCCCAAAGAAACCUUUACAUAUGAAUGGACUGUCCCCAAAGAGAUGGGACCCACUUAUGCAGAUCCUGUGUGCCUAUCUAAGAUGUAUUACUCUGGCGUUGACCCCACCAAAGAUAUAUUUACUGGGCUUAUUGGGCCAAUGAAAAUAUGCAAGAAAGGCAGCUUACUUGCAGAUGGGAGACAGAAAGAUGUAGACAAGGAGUUCUACUUGUUCCCCACGGUGUUUGAUGAGAAUGAGAGUUUACUCUUGGAUGAUAAUAUCAGGAUGUUCACAACGGCACCUGAUCAAGUGGAUAAGGAGGACGAAGACUUUCAGGAGUCUAACAAGAUGCACUCCAUAAAUGGAUUCAUGUAUGGCAAUCAGCCCGGCCUCAAUAUGUGUCUAGGAGAAUCCAUUGUGUGGUAUUUGUUCAGUGCUGGAAAUGAGGCAGAUGUGCAUGGGAUAUACUUUUCAGGAAAUACUUAUCUGUCUAAAGGAGAAAGAAGAGACACUGCAAACCUAUUCCCUCAUAAAAGUCUCACCCUUCUCAUGAACCCUGACACAGAAGGGUCUUUUGAUGUUGAGUGUCUAACAACAGAUCACUACACGGGUGGCAUGAAGCAAAAAUACACUGUGAGCCAGUGCAAGGGGCAGUUUGAGGAUCUCACUGUCUACCUUGGAGAGAGGACCUACUAUGUUGCAGCAGUAGAGGUGGAAUGGGAUUACUCACCAAGCAGGGACUGGGAAAAGGAGCUGCAUCAUUUGCAAGAGCAAAAUGUUUCAAAUGCAUUUCUGGAUAAAGAGGAGUUUUUCAUAGGCUCGAAGUAUAAGAAGGUUGUGUAUCGCCAGUUUACUGAUAGCACAUUCAGACAACAGGUGAAGAGAAGAGCCGAAGACGAGCACUUGGGCAUCCUCGGUCCAGCAAUUCAUGCAGAUGUUGGAGACAAAGUUAAAGUUGUCUUUAAAAAUAUGGCAACCAGGCCAUAUUCAAUACAUGCCCAUGGGGUGAAAACAGAGAGUUCUACAGUUGUGCCAACAUUACCAGGUGAAGUUCGCACUUAUACAUGGCACAUUCCAGAAAGAUCAGGUGCUGGAAAAGAGGAUUCAGCUUGUAUUCCAUGGGUUUAUUACUCAACUGUGGAUCGAGUUAAGGAUCUCUAUAGUGGGCUCAUAGGCCCAUUGAUUGUUUGUCGGAGAUCUUAUGUGAAAGUAUUCAAUCCUAAAAAGAAAAUGGAGUUUUCCCUUUUGUUUCUAGUAUUUGAUGAGAAUGAAUCUUGGUACUUAGAUGAUAACAUCAAAACAUACUCUGAACAUCCUGAGAAAGUAAACAAAGACAACGAGGAAUUCAUAGAAAGCAAUAAAAUGCACGCUAUUAAUGGGAAAAUGUUCGGAAACCUACAAGGCCUUACAAUGCACGUGGAAGAUGAAGUCAACUGGUAUGUGAUGGGAAUGGGCAAUGAAAUAGACCUGCACACUGUACACUUCCACGGCCACACCUUCCAGUACAAGCACAGGGGAAUAUACAGUUCUGAUGUCUUUGACCUUUUCCCUGGAACAUACCAAACCCUAGAAAUGUUUCCCCAAACACCUGGAACCUGGUUACUCCACUGCCACGUGACUGACCAUGUCCAUGCUGGGAUGGUAACUACCUACACUGUUUUACCAGUAGAACAAGCAUCAUCUCAGAGUUACAGGAUGACCUGGAACAUCCUCUAUACACUGUUACUCAGCAUGAUUAUUUUAUUCCAAAUAUCUACCAAGGAGUAGCCAGGAAAAUAAGGUGUCUUCACAUAUAUUCUAAAAAUGAGGACAGAUGUACAGCUCAUUCGCCUGCAGCAAGACCAGUCGCCCAGCUCAGAGGCUUCGUCUCAGCAGUUCCAUCCAGAAGCCAGGAUUCCAAAGCUCCCAACUGGGAUCCACUACAGAUUUUUUGCCCCUCAAAAAGCUAUAUUCUAAAUUAACAAGACAUGUGAUAUUACACCAUAUUUAAAUUGUUUCCUAUACUGCAAUAUACUGUGUAUUUUAAAAGUAAGAGAGGCGUUUUUAUUUACCUGUAAUUUCAGAAGGUCUUCUGUGUGAUUUUUA